CAAUCCUUUUCAACUUCCCCUCCCCCUCUUUAGAAACCUGAGCUUCUAAGCUUAGAUUUCCUCCCCAAUUCCAUAUCCCCUCCUUCGAUUCCCUCUCUCCAUCAAAUGCUUCCACCUCUUCUCCUUCCUCCUCUCCCUCCAAUUUAUAUAUCCCUCUCCCCACAAACCUUUCUUCCCCCUUUCACUCAUCAACUCCUCCUCCUCCUCCUCCUCCUCCUCCAUACUUAGCCCCCAUUCCCUGCUGCUGUCUCCUCUCCUGGUCCUUCCUUCCUUCCUUCCUUCCUUCCUUCCUUCCUUCCUUCCCAAUAUGGAUCCUUCUUCCACCAACUCUGUCAACGGCUUCUACGCGAUCCUAACGCGCGGGAUCGACGACCUCGAGCGGGUCUACCUCUCGAACAACUUCAUGUCGAUCCAGUUCCUCCAGCGGGCGAUCUCCCUCCUCCGGUCCUUCCACUCCCAGCUCACCCUCUUAGUCCAGAAGCUCCACUUGCCGGUCGGGGACAAGUGGCUCGACGAGUACAUGGACGAGAGCUCGAAGCUGUGGGAGGCCUGCCACGUCCUGAAGUCCGGAAUCUCUGGCAUGGAGAAUUACUAUUCCGCCGGGCUCAACAUCGCCUCGGCACUCGAAGGCCACCGCCGCCUCACCCCGCAACUCAUCCGACAGGUGAUCCGGGCGAUCGCGGGCUGCGGGAGAGAGGCAGUGGGGCUGGAGGAGGAGAACCGGUCGCUGAUGGAGAACCGCAUCGAGCCGCUCUCCCUCCGGUUCGACGAGCGGGUCUCGGUGGAGUCAAAGCUCAACGGGUUCAACGGGUUCCGCGGGGUGCUGUACGCGAUGAGGAACGUGAGCUCGCUUCUCCUCAUGAUCCUCCUAUGCGGGCUAGUGUACUGCUGGCCAGGGAACAACAACAAUAGCAACAGCUUCUUCGGGGCGGGGCACGAGGGGUGCCUGUUCUUCGGGUCGGGGUUCAUGAUAUCGACGGCGAGGCUGCAGCAGAGGGUGGGGGAGGAGAUGGCGAGGGCAGGGGGAGGGCCCGGGAUAAUGAUGUACGAGUACCGGAGGUCGAGGGCGGCGAUGGAGGAGCUGAGGAGGGAGCUGGAGGAGGGAGGGAGGGAGGGUAUGGAAGGGAUAAGGGAGAGGGUGGAGGAGCUGAAGGGAUGGUUCAUGGGGCUGAGGGCUGGGGCUGACACCAUAAUUGGGCAGUUGGAUGAUUUGUUUGAUGAGAUUGUUGAAGGCAGGAAGACGCUCUUGGACUUUUGCAGCCAUAGAUAGAUCAGAAAUUAGAAAUAGAGUAGAUAAUAGAUAGGUAGAUUUCUUCUUCUUUUCCCUUCUUCUUUUGUUUAUUUUAGAGAGGAAUCAAAAAUCAAAAUCCCAUAGGAAUAGAAGUAGAAGAACUGAAGAAGAAUCAAUCAAGAAGAUGGAAAUGGUAAAAGUGACAACAAAAAAAAAAAAAAAAAAAAGGGAAACAAGAACAGUAAAGAAAUUAGGAAGUAGGGGGAGGAAUCAGUUCCUUAGGGUGGCUGUAAUUUCUGCUUUUUUUUCCUCUUUAAUUUUAACAACUUCUUUUUCUUU